CAUGCUCAACAGUGUAGUCACCUUGUAGAAAACCUUCAGCCCGACACUGCUAAUGCUGUCAUCUGCAGGUAAAUAAAGCUCUCUGUUUUUCUGUAUUUAUUCCACACAUAGUUCCACAUAUUGUAUUCUUUGAUUUAUGGUAUCAUUUACAAUCUGGCUGUUUUGAUAUUCAAGUUUAAAGUUUUGGGAUAAUGGGUCUACAGAAUUAUUUCAAAGAAAGACAUUGUGCAGCCAAGUUUCUUUCAAUCGAGUUUUUUUAAUUCAUGUACUACAUUUCCGCUAUGAACACACAUAUAUUAAAAGGUAUUUUUAUGAAAUGUAAAAAAUGACACGACUUCAUGACUAUCAUUGUCGAAGAUAAGAAGUUAGAGCUGGUAUGCAAAGGAACACACCUUCCCAUGUGUUACCACCUACUAGAAUUUAUCUGGAAUAUUUUUUCACUUUUUUUUAUCAAGCAUAACCAUCUACCCAGUGCCACUGGUUGAAUACUGUUUUGAUAUUUAGCCAUUUUUGUGAGCACUAGGCUGUUAUAACAUGCUUGUACUUGCUUUUAAUGGGUUUUUCCAUUUCUGCUCUUUGUUGGAAAGGUAAUCUAAGAACCACAAACAUGUUUUUGUGUAAACAUGGGGGCUCUGUGUUUUAUUUGGUGAUGCAGCAGUUUUUGCUUUUGGCUGAUCUGUUUUAUUUCAUCUCUACAUUCCUUUUUCUUAUUUUACUGUUAGAUCAUAUAGCUCUUUUUUUCCAGUAGCAAUUAAAAAUUCAGGCCUGGGUUUUUCACAAAUACAUAAUAAUUAUUAAGGGAUGGGGUGAUGUAAGUGGGUAAUUAGUUGUCCCGUGUGUAAGAAUUGCCGCAGGGCAUUACAAUUGUUUAUGAGCUUUGUGAAGUUGCUCCUGUGCAAGAACACAACACUUACCCACCAGAGAGGUAUGUAUCCAAACUUUAAAUCCGUAUUGGUCUUUUCCCUGUAAUGUUUUCCUCAUACGUGUAUGCUCUCUUAUUUCAUUUUCAGGCUCCCUUUUGGGUUUUGACGAUGUGUAGCAUGAAAGGAAAAAAGGGCACACUUGUAAUGCGACGGCUGAUUCUCUGGGUUUUGUUGACCAACAUCAUACUGGUGCUGUACUGCUUGACAAACUCAACCAAAGUGAAGAUUAGGGGCUUCCAAGAAGACACCUGUCCUCUCAGUAUGGUCAAAUUAUUGAAGCAAAAUGUGACCACGCCUGCUCAAAGCACAAAAUCCCAGUCAGAAGAGUGCUCCCCCACAGUGGACAUCAUGUUCAUGAAGACCCAUAAAACUGCUAGUAGCACUUUACUCAACAUCCUCUUCAGAUUUGGGGAAAAGCACAAGCUUAAAUUCGCCUUCCCUGAUGGACGCAAUGACUUCUUUUACCCAUCGCCCUUCCGGUGCUCCCAGGUGAAGGACUACAGGCCUGGAGACUGUUUCAAUGUUGUUUGUAACCACAUGCGCUUUGACCAUCAAGAAGUAGCCAAGCUCCUGCCUACAGAUGCUGUGUACAUCACCAUCCUACGUGACCCCGUGGAUCUCUUUGAGUCAUCCUUUCAUUACUAUCACAGAGCAGUUCCUCUCACGUGGAGGAUCAAUGGAAUUGACAAACUGGCAGAGUUUCUAAACAGUCCUCAGACCUUCUACAGCCCAGACGCUUUCAACUCAUUUUAUCUUAAAAAUCUGCUCUUUUUUGACUUUGGUUUUGAUAACAAUCUGGAGGCUGAUGAUCCUCGUGUAAUGAGGCAUAUUCAUUACUUAUCGAAACAUUUUGAUCUGGUUCUCAUAUCAGAAUAUUUUGAGGAGUCUCUUAUCCUGCUUAAGGACACACUUUGUUGGACCAUGGAGGACAUCCUGUUCUUUAAACUCAAUGCUCGGAGGAGCUCAUCUGUGUCUCGACUGACCCCUGAGUUGAGAGCCAAAGCUUUACAAUGGAACGGGGCUGACUGGAGACUCUAUAAGCACUUUAAUGCAACCUUCUGGGCCAGAGUGGAGGCGUACGGGAGAGAAAGAAUGAAACAGGAGGUAAACGAGCUAAGGAGGAAAAAUGCGGAGAUGGAGGCCAUUUGCAUUGAGGAUGAAGGUGCAGUUGAAGCCCAAAAGAUUCAGAACAGGCGUUUCCUGCCCUGGCAGCCACUUGGAGAAUCUUCCAUCCUCGGGUACAACAUGAAGAAAAAUACUGAUCCCAAAUACAGGACAAUCUGUGAAAAAAUGCUCACACCUGAAAUACAAUACUUAUCAGACCUGGGCGUAAGCCUGUGGCUUACUAGACUAUGGGGUUGGUUAAAAGAUGCUGUUUUUAUAGUUGAACUUUGAUUAAAAUGCAACAUGGGUUGCUGGAUAAAUUGUCAAUUUAAAACACUUUUUAAUAAAUUACUUUUUAUAGCUUUUAUUUUGAGUGAUACUUAUUCCAUUUUUUUUUUUACCUGAAUUCUCAUUUGGCAGCAUGGAAUGUGUUACACUCAAAAAACAUUUACCAAAUAGAUCUGCAGAUGGUUCUUCGUUCUAUCCGAUACCUCAUCAUCUGUUGGCCAUUCAUUGCUUCUCACAGUUUGUUGUAUCUUUCAACAUUUUGCACUACAUAAAGAAUUCUAAACUGUGUGUUUACACUCUUUAAAAUGGCACAAUAAUAUUCCUCUAUGUUGUUGUAAGUAUUCUGAAGUUCAUAUUUGUCUCCCCGGUAAGAUUUUCAUAGUUAACGUUUCAGCAAUAUUGUGCAAAGCUUAUUUGCUCGAUUGUCCACUGCAAGCACAAAUGUUUCUGCUCUAAGUUUUCUAUUUCAGGAGACAUAACGGAACAUAGUUGCUGUGGGCUCUGGUGCUUUUUGUUGAGGCAACAGGAUUCAAAACAGAGUGUGACAGCCACCAGUGAUCAAUGAGUGACAGCUAUACUGUUGUUCAAAUUACAAUUCUUACUCAGUGUUAGUGUGCCUCCUAGAGGCCUGAAGCUCAGGUGUAGUUGUAUGCAGCGCAUUUCAAUGGUAGUGGCAUUGCCUUACCCUAGUUUACAUAACAUAACCUCGUCAUUGACAUUUCUGUCAACAUUUAAAAGCUUUAUCAUUAUAUGUGGAGAGAAGUUGAGUUUAACAAAUUAAUUUUUGUCAUCACAGUAUCUGUGGCACAUAAGGCCUUGUCUGUAGAACCCAUCUUGAACAAAGAUGCUUUCUCUGCAUUGUGAAAAAUAAGUUAAAAAAAGUUAGUUCUUGGGGUAAAAGUAAUAACUUAUGUAGGUGCUUGAAGCUACAAAAGCUGACACAUGGUAGCUGUUUGCAGACCUUAUGUAGUGUUGUGUGCUUCAGAAGCAUCAUUUGAAUACACUGCAGCAAAACUGAUACUUGUAUAUGUUACUGGUAUAACUGAACUCUGCCAGCCUGGCAGUGAUGCUCUUUGUAAACUUGCUUCAAAAUAUACUAUGUAAACAUGUUAUUACUGUAUGACAUUGCAUUACUCAUUAGUCUGUCAUAAAUGUUAUUAUGUCAAAACCUAUUAAACAGCUGCUGGCAUAUGAAAGCACACAAGUAUCCAUCCCUUGUAUAUUCUGAAAGCUCGCAAACAUAGCAAAUGGAAAUGCUUCAGUUUUACUAGAAACAACUCCUUCAAUCAAAAACCCUUCUUUGUUCUUUCACCAAGUACUCAGCUGAUCUGUAUAUGAAGCUAAUGACACACUUUAAGAUAACAUAAUGUGGCUACAA